GAUUGAAAUCUUCCUCCGAUCACUUCUUCUCCAAGAUUCCUCCGAUUCGAUGGAACAUGAGCAACAUGACCCUGGUACAUCAUCAACAAAUGUUGGGGUUGACUCGCCACCGCCACUUGAUGAUUCAACUGUGAUGAAUAACAACGAAAGCAGUCGUAUCGAUAGGUCUGUUGAUUCAGAGCAUCCUAAUAUUUAUCGACAAGAUAUUGUCAAAAACAAUAGGACCGGUAGUAUUGGGGUUGUUAGCGAAGUAGCUGGUGAUUCCGACUCCGAGAGUGAUAUUACUGAUGAGGAAGAAGAUGAUGACGAUGACGAUGAUAAUGAAGAGGAAGGGGAAAAGGCUAGUGAAGAUAAUGCUGCUGUUGGCGAGAAAAAACCCGAUGAGAACUACAAAUGUGGUGCCCUUGACGGAGAUCAGAUUCGUGUGCUUUGGAUGGAUAAUACUGAGCCUGUUCAAGAUAUUAAUGAUGUAACCGUUGUAGACCGUGGUUUCUUACAUGGAGAUUAUGUUGCUUCGGCUUAUGAGCCGACUGGUCAGGUGGGAGUUGUAGUGGAUGUGAACAUAUCAGUUGAUUUGUUGGCUCCUGAUGGUUCUAUCCACAAGGACUUAUCAACUAAGAAUUUGAAACGCGUCAGGGAUUUUGCUGUUGGUGAUUAUGUGGUUCAUGGUCCUUGGCUAGGUAGAAUCGAUGAUGUAUUGGACAAUGUGACUGUCUUGUUUGAUGAUGGUUCCAUGUGUAAAGUUCUACGUGUUGAACCCCUUAGGCUAAAACCUAUUCCCAAGAAUAAUCUUGAAGAAGAUGCUAAUUUUCCUUAUUACCCUGGCCAGCGUGUUAGAGCAAGCUCCUCGUCGAUUUUUAAGAAUUCCCGGUGGUUAUCUGGACUGUGGAAGCCCAAUCGUUUAGAAGGUACUGUGACCAAAGUUACUGCUGGAUCUAUUUUUGUCUACUGGAUUGCCUCAGCUGGCUUUGGUCCAGAUUCUUCUGUUUCCCCACCUGAGGAGCAGAAUCCAAGUAAUUUGACAUUGUUGUCGUGUUUCACUCAUGCCAAUUGGCAAGUGGGUGACCGGUGCCUUCUUCCAUCGGUGAAUCAAUCUGCUACGAUCCCCUUACACAAGCAUGUAUCUAAAUUAAGAAUUUAUGAUUCCCAAGCAAAUGGUGCUGAUCGGCAGCAGAAAAGUGGGUGCGAUUUAGAAGAUGUGCAAGAUGAAGUAAGCGGAAAAGUUGAACCUGUUGGUAUUACUGCUGAAGCUUUGCCAAAAGUAACUAGUGAAGAUCCUCCUCAAAGAAAUCCUUCUAUUUCAAAGGAGCCUGUUUAUGAGCCUUGGCCUCUCCAUCGUAAGAAGAUUCGCAAACUUGUUAUCAGAAAGGACAAAAAGAUAAAGAAGAAAGAGGAAAGCUUUGAACAAGCUCUUUUGGUAGUUAAUAGCAGAACAUGCGUUGAUGUAGCCUGGCAGGAUGGUACAAUAGAAUGUAGACGGGAAGCGACAACAUUGAUUCCAAUUGAGACUCCUGGUGAUCAUGAAUUUGUCUCUGAGCAGUAUGUGGUAGAGAAGACCUCUGAUGAUGGUGAUAACACAAAUGAACCUAGACGUGCUGGCGUUGUGAAAAGUGUCAAUGCAAAAGAACGUACCGCUUCUGUGAGGUGGCUAAAGCCACUUCUAAGGGCAGAAGAACCCCGUGAGUUUGAAAAGGAAGAAAUUGUCAGUGUGUAUGAGCUAGAGGGCCAUCCAGAUUAUGACUAUUGUUAUGGGGAUGUUGUUGUUCGCUUAUCACCUGUUACCGUUGCGUUACCAGCAUCUUCUCCCGGAAACUCUUUAGAGGAGGCAACACAGCAAGACAAUGGAUACCAAGAUUCAGAAUCCCAUCAAGAAGCUAAAAUCCUUCAGGAUAAAGAAGAAAACGAAUCUAAUACAGACCUUUCAAAGCUCUCAUGGGUUGGAAAUAUUACUGGCCUCAAGGAUGGUGAUAUUGAAGUAACAUGGGCCGAUGGAACAGUAUCAACGGUUGGCCCUCAUGCAGUUUAUGUAGUUGGACGGGAUGAUGAUGAUGAAUCGAUUGCUGGAGAAAGUGAAGCAAGUGAUGCUGCUAGUUGGGAAACUUUAAACGAUGAUGAUAAGGGUGCUCCUGAGAUUCCUGAAGAGGAGCUUGGAAGGAGUAGUUCCAUUGAGGGAAACUCUGAUGCAGAUGUCAAUUCUGAGAACGAUUCUGGGAGGAACGGUGCCCUAGCUCUUCCACUGGCUGCAAUCGAAUUUGUGACUCGACUGGCUAGUGGAAUCUUUUCCCGUGCUAGGAAAUCUGUAGAUUCUUCCAGUUCUGAUUACACGGGGGAAAAUGUAUAUAAGCAAGCUGAAUUGACCAACUCUUCCGAUGAAAGAGAUUGUUUCCUUGACGACCCUAGUCCUUCAAAGGUCAAUGUGACUGAUAAUUGUGAGUCAAAGGGCACUCAAGCAAAUGCUGAGAAUAUUUUGAGUGGGGAAAGCUCUACACUUUUAGAAGAUGAGCAAGUACCUUCUGAUGGUGAUAGCUGCAGUUUCAGACGCUUUGAUAUAUCACAAGAUCCUCUGGACCACCAUUUCCUUGGCGUAGAUGGGCAGAAAACCAAAGAAAGACAGUGGUUCAAGAAGGUUGAUCAAGACUGGAAAAUACUUCAGAACAAUCUUCCGGAUGGAAUCUUUGUUCGAGCUUACGAAGAUAGAAUGGAUCUCUUGAGGGCUGUAAUAGUUGGGGCAUAUGGAACACCAUACCAGGAUGGUCUCUUCUUUUUUGAUUUUCACCUUCCAUCUGACUACCCUAGUGUGCCACCGUCGGCAUAUUAUCAUUCUGGUGGGUGGAGGUUAAAUCCCAAUCUGUAUGAAGAAGGCAAGGUCUGUCUUAGCCUUCUCAAUACCUGGACAGGCAGGGGAAAUGAAGUCUGGGAUCCCAAAUCAUCUAGCAUCCUCCAAGUUCUUGUUUCACUCCAGGGAUUGGUGUUGAAUUCAAAGCCUUAUUUCAAUGAAGCCGGGUAUGAUAAGCAGGUCGGAACUGCGGAAGGAGAAAAAAACUCACUGGGAUACAACGAGAAUACUUUCUUGCUAAAUUGUAAAACCAUGAUGUAUCUUAUGCGGAAACCACCAAAGGAUUUUGAAGAACUCAUCAAAGACCAUUUCAGAAAACGUGGCUAUUACAUUUUGAAGGCAUGUGAUGCCUACAUGAAAGGAUAUCUCAUAGGUUCCCUUACCAAAGAUGCCUCGGUUAUCGAUGAACGCAGCAGCGCUAAUUCAACUUCGGUUGGUUUUAAGCUUAUGCUGGCUAAGAUAGCGCCAAAGCUUUUCUCAGCGCUGAGCGAAGUAGGAGCUGACUGCAAUGAAUUCAAGCAUCUACAGCAGCAAUAACACAAGCCUCAAAGGAGCUGGAUACACCAAUCAUUGCCAAUGAACCAAGUGAAGGUUUGCGGCUUCUUGACUAUUACAAGUUUUAAUAUUCAGAUAUUUCUGAAAUGUGUGUAAUAGAGUUACUUUUUGGAGUUAUACAAGAAUUACAUGUUGCUAAGUUGUAACCCCAUCUGCUCCAACAAUAUCGGCAAUGAAUUUUUUUUGGUUGGUCUUGUUUGGGGACUACUUAAAAGUUUUAGGGGUGCACUUCAACACUUGUUUCUUUUGUCAUGGGUUGUCAAAUUACGUCUCUAACAAAGAUUAUUUAAGUGAAGUUGUUUCGCUUUUAUUGUUUCUGUUUGAUGAAAUUAUAGAGCAGUCUCGCUAUGGUUUAUUCUUGGUAUUGGAUACAGGAACUGUUCUCAAACUGAUAUUCCUUUUUUUCUUAUUUCUUGAAAUGAAAAGAUCUUCAAAGU